AAACAAUAUAAAAUAGUUAAUAUAAUAAAAAUAAAUAUAUUUAAAGAAUACUCACCAAAAGCGCGAAAAAGCACAUGACUUUAUAGAUAGCAUGGAUAUUGAUGCGGAUAAUUUGACGCUAACUGACCAAAAUUUUAAUUGUGAUGAUCUACCGUCGACCAGCAAACAAUCUAAACAGGAAAUUUGGAACAAUCUAAAACAGAAACGGAGAGAGGAAAAUCUCACAAGACGCAAUAGAACCAUCUUGCAAAGAGCCCUUGACAGUAUCAAUGAAAAGAAACGUCACCCGAAAAGAAAAAGCAAAAAACAAUCAAAAAAACGCUCGAAGAAAAAGAGAGGGCAGAAAUUGUUAAACAAGAAAAAUAGUUUUCAAAUUCUAGCAAAUCCUGUUAACAUAAAUUGCGCUGAAGAAAACUUUAACUUAAUUCACCGAUCAAAUGCAAAGAAAAAUAUGGUUGAAGAUGAUGACGACUGUAUUUGCAUAGAACCUGACAUAGAAGAAAUUGUUAUUGAUGAUGCAGACGCUUCCGAUGAUGAAUUAAGGUCCGAAUAUCAGAAUUUAUUGAUAUCCUUUCGUCAGAAGCCUACGUCGACUCCUUUACAAAAGGGACCGCAAAAAAUGUCUACUCAAACAUUUCCACAGUCGAAAAACCUCAAUUUAAUUGAAUGUUUGGAAAACGAUGCCUCGCCAUUUUUUGAAGAUAUCGCCGGUGAUCUGGUUUUUACUCCCCCUCUCAUUUAUAAAACGUUAAGCGUGCUUACGGAAGAGUCAAAAGAGAAACGAAAUACAGAAUCGUUAAAGGAUCACGAAGCUAAGUUGAUUAAUAAUAACACGAUAGCUAGUACCAUUACAAUACUUGAUGACUCGAGUGUUAAAGACAAAACAGAUGAUAGCACACUGAAAGUGCGUGAGCCAAGUGUAUCCGAAGACGAUUCAGUAAUUUUCGUAAGCGAAACUAAUAAAAAUGAUUUUUUACCUUUAACAACCGCAAGUGGCUCAAAUCUCAUUGAAGCACAGGUGGAGAGAACGCCGAAGCGGACACUUUUGCCGGAAUUGUUUACCAGGAGCGAGAAGAAAGAAUUGAGUAAAUAUAAUUCUAAUGCAUAUAAUCCUGGCGGAGGCACAGAGAAUGGCCGGUUAUCAAAAAAACGGAUGAUCAUCAUCGACGGUAGCAAUGUGGCCUUCGGCCAUGCAUUAUGUAAAAAUUUCUCAGUACGUGGUCUGAAAAUUGCCAUUGAGUAUUUUGAGAAAAUGGGUCAUGAAGUGAAGGCCAUUGUACCGCAAUUUAGAAUAUCUAAGAAUAAAUCGACUGAGCCGGAUGAAUUAGAACGGUUACAUAGAGCUGGCAAAAUAGUCCUAACACCAUGUAAAAAUUUACCAGGUAAAGCCAGCGCCUGUUAUGAUGAUCGAUCAGCGCGCGCCUUCACGUUUUGUCGGAAAGAUAAAAACUCUUGGAAAUAGAUUAUAAGAGACCGGUGUCCCUUGCAAACCAAUUUAAUAACGUUUGACAUGGGAAAACGAAAUAUUCGAAAUGGUCGCGUUAACAAAACGCGUACUAAACAAAAGCAAACAUAUAAAGAAACGACACGAUUGGAAAAAUCAAUUCGAUAUUCAAGGAAAGCAGAACCGGACGUUAAUUGUAGUGCACUCGAUGAAACAUUGAUUACAUACUUAAAGGAACCGAUCGAGAAAUGGAUGCGUGUAACACCACCAGGAUCUUCCGAUAGUAUUGGGGAGAACGACUGCAUACUGAUUGAAACUUAUGACGAAAUAAUUGAAAUCUCGGAUGAUGACUCAAAUGCGAGUGUCAAUAAGAACAAGCAAAAGCAAUCAGCCAGUCAAACUGAACAAUUGGUGAACGAAGUCUCUGGAUUGAUACGUAAAAAUAAUU